AUGAACCUUGUUGUUGCGCCUGAAGCCGGUCGACAAUCAGUUCUGGGAGCGGAAAUGCCGGCGUCGAGCCUCUUCUCCGACAUGGACCGCGGCAUCGGCGACGAGCGGGCACUGCAGCUGGCCCUCGAGCUCUCCAUGCUGGGCUUCAGCGAGCCCUUGACCGCCGUCUCGGAGCCCGACGCGCCCGCGGACCUCGCGCCCUUCGUGGGCAGCCUGGCCACAGUGGGCCUGGACGAAGUGCGCUCCAAGAAGUCGCAGAACAUGACCGAGUGCGUGCCGGUGCCCAGUUCAGAACAUGUGGCCGAGAUCGUUGGCAGACAAGGUUGCAAGAUCAAGGCUCUCCGGGCUAAAACCAAUACAUACAUAAAGACUCCAGUCCGCGGUGAAGAACCCGUUUUCGUGGUAACCGGGCGGAAAGAAGACGUUGCCAAAGCCAAACGCGAGAUUCUCUCAGCAGCCGAACACUUCUCCCAAAUCCGCGCUUCCCGAAAGAACAACCUGGCCGGUCUCGGGUCGGGCGCGAGCACUCCCCCAGGUCCCCCGGCCAACAUCCCCGGGCACGUGACGAUCCAGGUGCGCGUGCCGUACCGCGUGGUGGGGCUGGUGGUGGGCCCCAAGGGCGCCACCAUCAAGCGCAUCCAGCACCAGACGCACACCUACAUCGUGACGCCCAGCCGCGACAAGGAGCCCGUCUUCGAGGUGACGGGCCUGCCCGAGAGCGUGGAGUCGGCGCGGCGCGAGAUCGAGGCGCACAUCGCCAUGCGCACCGGCAACGGCGCCUCCAUGGGCCUGGGGGGCCUCGACGACGGCGACCUCUUCUCCUCGCUGUACAAGUCCGGCUUGAGCUCCAUCCUCAACUACAUCGAGCCCGAGCAGUUCCCCAUGACCGGCUCCAGCACGUUCUCGUCGUCGGGGUCGUGCUCCAGCAGCUCGUCGAGCAGCGGCGGCCGCGACCUGGGCGCCAUCUGGAGCAGCAGCGAGCGCGACGAGGGCCUGGGGGACUCCCCCAGCUUCGACAGCUCGACGGCGCUGUCGAGCAUCUGGUCGUACCCGCCGGUGGCGCCGUCGCGGCCCUCCAACAGCACCAGCCCGGCGGACUCGCUGCUCGGCUCGGCCAAGUGCCUCGUCUGCGGCGAGGCGAAGGUCACGCACGCGUUGGUGCCCUGCGGACACAACUUCUUCUGCAUGGAGUGCGCGAACCGCGUCUGCGACGGCACGGAGGCCCAGUGCCCCGUCUGCUCCUUGCCCGCCAUCCAGGCCAUCCGCAUCUACUCGCCCAACCCUUAA